ACCCGGAAGUGUGUCCCGUGUGUAUGCAUGGUUGUGGAUGUAAUUCAUCCAUGUCCAUUUACCACAGUCAGCUCGCUAAAUGAGAACAGUAGCGUUGAUAACUGAACGUGUUUCCUUUCUCUGUAACAGCAGCAGCCAUGGCUGAAGAGGUGCGCUGCUUGAAGGCACAGCUCGAGGCGAAAGAGAAAGAGAUAGCUGCUCUGAAGAACAAAGUAGCACAACUGGAAAAGAGCCAUACCUCAGUGCAGGAGCUGUAUGAAAAAGUGACACCCCUAACCCCCCUGAAAGCCAAAGCAGCCCUCAGCAAUGAGGACAUCAUGCGCUACAGCCGACAGCUCCUUCUGCCAGAGCUGGGUGUGCAAGGUCAGCUAAAGUUAUCACAGACCUCGGUGCUGAUUGUGGGCUGUGGAGGACUGGGCUGCCCCGUAGCACAGUAUCUUGCAGCGGCAGGCAUUGGGCGCCUUGGGCUGCUGGACUACGACACGGUGGAGCUCAGUAACCUGCACAGACAGGUGCUUCAUGGGGAGGAGAACCAGGACCAGGCCAAGGCGCUGUCCACUGCCAAUGCAGUUAAAAGGUUGAACUCAACAGUGCAGUGUGUUCCCUACCACCUGCAGCUUUCAUCAGAGAACGCCUUGCAACUCAUUCAACAAUAUGACAUUGUCGCUGAUUGCUCAGACAACGUCCCCACUCGUUAUCUGGUGAAUGACGCCUGCGUGCUCAGUGGCAAGCCUUUGGUGUCCGCAAGUGCCCUGAGGAUGGAGGGGCAGCUGACAGUGUAUAACUACCGUGGAGGCCCCUGCUACAGAUGUCUGUACCCAGUACCCCCGCCCCCAGAGACAGUGACCAAUUGUUCUGACGGAGGGGUGCUAGGAGUCGUUCCAGGGAUAAUGGGCUGCUUCCAAGCUUUAGAAGUCCUCAAGAUCGCCUCUGGACACGGCUCUUCCUGCGGACAGCAGCUGGUGAUGUUUGACGCUCAAGAUGCCAGAUUCAGGUCCAUCAAGUUGCGGCCCAAGCAGGCCGGCUGUGCGGUGUGUGGAGAGAACCCCAGUGUAACACAGCUGGUGGACUAUGAGGCUUUCUGUGGGUCUGCUGCCACUGAUAAGUGCCGCAAACUCAACCUCCUUUCCAGAGAUCAGCGGAUCACAGUACAGGAUUAUAAAUCGAUAAUAGACAGCGGGGAGCCCCAUCUCUUGUUGGACGUGCGCCCUCUUGUGGAGGUGGAUAUAUGCCACUUACCUUUCUCUCUCAACAUUCCCCUUUCAAGUUUAGAGGACAGGAAGAGCGACCAUAUCCGAUUACUCCAGGAGAGAAUCAGCCAGUUGCAGCAGCAGAUGGAGGGUGACCGCCGGCCUCCAGUGUAUGUGAUCUGUAAGCUGGGUAACGACUCUCAGAAGGCGGUGCAGGUUAUGGAGAAGAUGAGCUGGUCAGAGGUGGACAGCAUCGCCGUGAAAGACAUCAGCGGAGGCCUCAUGGCGUGGGCAAAGAGAAUAGACCCCACAUUUCCACAGUAUUGAUCCAUUUUAAAUGUGUAAAUAAACUCUGCAUUCAUUAUA